AUAUAGUGAACAYACARUACAGUAUAUCAUUGUAUAUGAUAUUUGUUUCAAUGUUUUGACUGACAAUUGUAUUAAUUCUGUUAUUUUAAUAUACAUUAACAUCAAAGACAAAGAUUAUUACCGAAACCAAUACAUCUUCGGUAUAGUUAUAUUGUUAACAAUAUAUAUACCAUUUAUUUUGUCAAAACAUUUGUAUCUUUGUGUGUAUUAUUACAUUUUAUACACACAUAUCAUAUAUUACAAUGUCUGCCGAAGAGACAACUGAUAAUAUAUCGACCAAAAUGGAGAAAGAAGAAGAAGACAAAUUGAAGGCAAAGUACCCACACGUCCAAAGACCUGGUCCUCAGUUUCUACAAAAACGACUUCAAAAGGGGCAAAAAUUCUUUGAUUCGGGUGAUUACAAUAUGGCCAAAGCAGCCGCCAAAACAUCGAAACGUUUGCCCGAAUCCAAACUAUCAGCCGUUCACAUACCGGAGCCGGAAAUGACAUCUUCAUUGCCUACGGGCGACACAAUACCGACGCCCGACUGUUUGGCCAACCGGAAGACGUCUAUUCACGUCCAAAGUAAACUGGUUUCUGGCGCACCAUAACUGAAACCAAUAAUCUUCGUCGCCAUUGACAUCACCCGUUAGCGAGAGAUUUACACACACUUACAGCACAAAUCAACUGAUUAUCAUUUGCUAAGACAAGUGAUUAGCAAUUAUUCAGACAUGAAUUUUGAUUUUUAUUUAUCAUUUUUUUUUUUGUAUAAUUUUACGGCUCAAUUAAUUUUUAUUUUGUUUUUAAUUACCGGUAUAUUAUUUUAUCUAGAAAUCUAGUUAUUUCAAGUUACCGUAAUUUAGUUUAUAUUAC